AUGGUUCAUUCAUUUUUGCAUGAAUAUGACGCCGCUAUUCGUGUACUUUCAAGCAUUCCCCCAACUCCCUCGAGCCUGCUCCUACUAGGCCAGUAUCAGAUCAACGCUGGCACAUAUGGGGCAGCUAAGCGCUCGUUCAGGGAGGCGAUACAGAUACUGAAACCUACAAAUCCUUUUCUUCCUAUGCCUGAAGAGAUAGCUGACAUUUAUGUGUUAAUCGGAACCUGCGAAAUGGAGGUAGAACAAUAUCGCGCCGCACUCGGAACCUUUACUUCUGCGUUACAAAUAAACCCUCGUCUUAUAAAAGCCAACUUACUUCGCGGAUACUGCGAGCUUCGUCUCUAUGGAUCCGGUCAGUCCAAAGAAGAUUCAGAUAUGUCUGCUCCUCUUGUUUUAGAUGACUGUAAAGUAGCCCUCUAUGGCAGUAUGCCGUCGCAUUAUCUGCCAAACCGAACAUCUGCACCACCGAAGUCAACAUCAUUAAUGCCCUUGACACAAUCUUUGCAAUCAUCACCAUCACUUCUUCCUUUGAAGCAAUCACUGAUACAUGCCGAGACCGCAAAGAAUCAUACGUCGACUGCCGCCUCUGGGCAAGCUAUUAUGGUACUAAAUGGUGCCGUACGUGGGCUAAAUAGUCUGUCACGAGUCUUCGCUCUUUCUGAAGCUGAGCCAAAUUUAAUUAAUACAAAUCGGUAA